AUGAUGAAGAAGCAAAAGGAAAGAGAAGAAAAAAUGGCUCAAGAGAAUGCAAUUCUUGGAAGAUUUGGAGCUUACGCUAGCAAUGCGUCUAAAAAACCAGUGGAAAGGCGCCGACCUGAGGAUAGAGUUCUGAAGUCGAGCGAAGGUAAUUUCAGAAACGGUGUUCUUGAUGUUAAGCAUUUAUUAAAAUCUCCUGCCCCUCGGCCUCAAGCUGAAGAUAACAAUAGUGGACGUAGUCAUGGGAAGGGGAAGAGAAAGAAAGGUGGUAAAAAGGGGCAUGGUAAAAAGAAGAGCGGUGGUAAAAAGCGUCGGUAG